CCAUUGCUUGCGAUGAAAGAAAAAGGAGAGAUCCACACGGAAAUCCGGACAGAAAGGUGAACGCAGCCUGUUUGUUUUCCUCUUUAGGGUUGCUACAUUGACCCCACUCCCACUUCCUCCCGCUGUCAGACCCGUCCUGAGCCGGUGAGAGUUAGUGUGACCCGGACUGCGGCAGUCCCGCUCUACCCCGGCUCACCCGGCCCUGUCCAUCUGUAACGAGCGGCGGACACAUCACAGCCGAGUGGCCUCGGGAGCAUCAGCUCAGACUCAACUCUCCGUACAGAGUCAGAACAUCGGUGCAGGACCAUUGUUGGUUAUCGGGAUGUCAGACAGUGAUUUCCCGGGACCACACUGAACGCCGGCCGGUUAAACAUCAGAGAACCCGUAACACCGCCUCACUGGGACAGGGUGGUAACCGAACCUGGAGCCCCUGUACAAGGUCACCUCUCAUCCUCCGGUGCUCCAAGGAGAAAAAGCUGAGUUCACUCCAUCUCUUUUCACAAGACGUGCUCCCCAAUCCAGACCUGUGCUGAGAGAUUUGUUGGAAGAAAAACCCCAAAUGGAAGCAAAGCACAACUGAAAAUGAGGGAACAGCGACAAGUGAACCAGCCCGAGGACCAACUGUAGAGAACCUUUCUGACUCAGAGUUUCCAUUGAUUCAGUCAGGAGAAAGUUUGGGCAUCAGCAGCAAGUAGAGCUUCCAGCCAAGAUUAAAGUGUAAACAAGACGGCGACAAUCAACAAUCGUCAGUCACAAUCAGAAUGGACAAAGGUGGGAAAUUGAAACGCAUAGGGAAAGUACUGAAGAAGUUUAUACCAGGUGGAUCAUUGAGGGAAGAUGAUCGGGACACGGGGAGCAAGGUGCCAAAGCAGGGUCAGAUUGAGAGCGAUGUCCCAAUGGAAUGCGGUCCGGCUGCAGAGGAGGAGGAGGAGGAAAUGCAGCCCAGAGACAGUGGCAUUAGAGACACCGAUCAGGACCCUGGAACCGGCACAAGUGAGGCAACUGCCUGUCAGCCCAGAGACAGUAACAUCAGAGACACCGAUCAGGACCCUGGAACCGGCACAAGUGAGGCAACUGCCUGUCAGCCCAGAGACAGUAACAUCAGAGACACCGAUCAGGACCCUGGAACCGGCACAAGAGAGGUGACCGCCUGUCAGCUCGGAAACUCAUUGAACAUGGAAUUGUCAAGUCCCCCACAAGGAGCGGAGCCAGUGUUUAAAAUCUCUGACCUCCUGGCAGAGGGGGGUGAAUAUCGACUGUACCAACUGACAAAGUUCUACAAAGACAGACUCCAGCAAGCAAUUGAAGAAAAGGUUGAGAGACUCGGUUGGAUGUUGACGAAGGAAGGACAUUUCAAUCGAGAAGAAAAUGAGAAAGUCACUGAACUGACAGAGAAGGGAAACCGGACGGAGAGUUCCAGACUUUUCCUCAGUUUGGUGAUGGGCAAAGGCUCCCGGGCCCGGAGGGCGAUGUGGGAAUCCUUUCUGAUGUGGAGGACAGAAUUACCAAAGCUGGACAAAAUACUGAGGGAAAUACAGGAACACGGCCCUGAUCAACAGGAAUACAUGAACAUUGCCCAAGGGUUAUCUGAGUUACCCAUUCAACUGAUAGAUGUUCAACAGAAACACAAGGAGACUCUGCGGGCACAAACUGAAACACUGAGAGUGAACACGAUCCUGAUGAGGGAGAAGGUGAAGGUUUUCCCACUGGUUGAUCGAUACGCUGAGCUCACGGUCAUUUCUACUGUUCGAGAUCGGAGACUGGCGGAACAUGAGCUGCUGGCAAGAGGCAGAGACCACGAGGAGUGCAGAGAGAAACAUCUCCGCGGAGAGCUGGAAAAAAUCCAGACUGGUCAGUUGUUCCACAGCAGCUUUUCCCAGAGAAAAUACAAAUCUGGGAGUUCAGCAGCAGUGGCUGGACUACCGGGGAUCGGGAAAACAACAAUGGUACAAAAGAUUGUUUAUGACUGGGCCACGGGGAAAAUAUAUCAUAAAUUCCAGUUUGUCUUCAGUUUCAAAUUCCGUGCUUUAAACUCCAUUAACUGCAGAAUAAACCUGAAGGAACUGCUUCUGGAUCAGUAUCCUUACUUUGGGAAUAUCCUGAGAGAGGUCUGGAAGAACCCAGAGGGACUGCUGUUUAUAUUCGAUGGUCUGGAUGAGUUCAAUGACACAAUUGAUUUUGCUGACAGUUGGAGAGACACAGAACCUCAGUCCACAUGCACAGAUCCUGAAUUCAAAUGCAAGGUGUCUGACAUUGUGUACAGUUUAAUCCAGCACAAGCUGCUCCCAGGGUGUUCAGUGCUGGUGACAACCCGCCCCACUAUGUUACAUUUAUUGGAAAAGGCUAAGAUCGGUGUUUGGGCUGAACUCCUGGGAUUUGUCGGUGAGGAACGGAAGGAAUAUUUCUUCAGGCAUUUUGAAGAUCAGGCGGUGGCAGCAGCUGUUUUCAAACACGUGAAGGAGAACGAGAUCCUGUACACCAUGAGCUACAGCCCCUCCUACUGCUGGAUCCUCGCUCUGGUACUGGGCCCCUUCUUCACACAAAGAGUCAGGGACCCACAGCGAGUUCCCAAGACCAUCACCCAACUGUACUCCUACUAUAUUUACAACAUCCUGAAAAACCAUGGCCGUGAGAUUGAGAACCCCCGUGAUGUGUUGCUCAGGGUUGGUCAGAUGGCCUUCAGAGGAGUGUCCGAGAAGAAGAUUGUGUUUACAGAUGGAGAUUUGAUCAAGUACAAUCUGCAGCCUUCCCAGUUCCUGUCCGGGUUCCUGAUGGAGCUUUUGGAGAGAGAGGAUUCUGCCCAAAGCGUGGUAUACACAUUCCCACACCUCACCAUCCAAGAGUUUGUAGCUGCAGUGACACAAUUCCUGAUCCCAGAUGGCAGAGAUAUUAAGAAACUCCUCACUGAAACCCACAACAUGACAGAUGGGCGAUUUGAGGUAUUUCUCCGUUUUGUUGCUGGUCUCUCCUCCCCAAUGACAGCUCGGGGCCUGGAGGAGUUUCUGGGUCCAUUUCCUCAUCAAACAACCUGCCGGGUGAUUGACUGGGUGAAGGAGGAGGUUAAACGCCAGAGUGGAAACACAGAGAGUGAAGCUGGUAAAAGGAGCCUCCUGAACACAUUGCACUACCUGUUUGAGUCUCAGAAUGAUAGACUGGCUCAGAAUGCACUGGGAUCUGUGGAAACACUUUCACUCAGUGGAAUGACACUGACCCCGAUUGACUGUGCGGUCCUGUCUCAUGUCAUCGGACUCUGUGAUACAAUAAAACACCUCAAACUGGAGAACUGCCACAUUCAGUGUGAAGGAAUCCAGAGGCUGGGACCCGGGCUGCACAAGUGCCAGGAGUUGAGCCUUGGGUGGAACGAACUGGGAGAUUCAGGAGUGAAACUGGUGUCUGCGGCUCUGAGGAACCCGGAGUGUAAAAUACAGAAACUGGAACUCAGGAAGGUUGCUCUCACAGAUUCUGGUGCCGAGGAUCUCGUCUCCGCUCUCAGGACAAACCCAUCACUGUCGGAGCUGAACCUGGCAGUAAACUCGCUGACAGACCGAUCUGUCCCCGCUCUCCGCCGCCUCAUACUGACCCUCCCGAGUCUGGAGCGGAUCCGGCUGGGGGAGAAUCAGUUCAGUGAGACCAGGAAGGAGGAACUGAGAUCUCUGCAGGAACGCAGACCCGGACUGACAGUGUGGAUCUGAACAUCUGAGUGUGGGAACAUCCCUGCCCGCAGGAUGGUGGCAUUUUGGUCAAUUCCCCUGCCCCUUUCGCCUUUAACUCCCACCCGUACCUUUAAACCGGGUGCCAGGGGUAAUUCCCAAUGGUUUUAACGGAACUUGUUCCAGUCUCGCGCUCUGUGACAUCGGAAGCAGUCCUGCAGUGAUGUAUUUCCAGCUGUUGUCCAGCUGAUCAGCUUCCGCCGGGUGUACGUGUCCGAGACACCCACCCCCACGUGAGAUCCCGGGGAAUUACACAGAUAGGAAGAGAACGGGACGAGAUCCUUUUGCUCCCUUUGCUGAGGACGGUGCAUUCUCCAGUGUGGCCGAUAUAAUGAUGUUAAAUGGACAAAUCCCUCGGCAGUGACCCUGGAUCUGCAGCGAUCCUAGACACGUCCCUGAAGUGUGAUUUUAUAAUCAUCGGUUCCCCGAUGCAGAGUGACAGUGAGAAACGGGACUGAUUAUUCAACCGGUCACUCGUUGUCACCGGUCAGUUAAUUGUGUGUGACUGUGAGAGAGUCGGGAGCAGCUUAUUUAUUCCCGCAUGUCAGCAGCUCACACAUUGUUUAAUUUACAUUUGUCAUGAUGAAAUCAAUAAUCCUGUAGCUACCUGUCUUAGUGUCAGACUAGAGAUUUUAUUAAGGUUUCUGCUGCACCCACCCACCCCCCCGCACCCUGUGCACUGCAACAGUGGGUUGGAGCUCCUCACACUGACACAGUAGCGUCUCAGCUCCAGGCUGAGGGAGGUCGGACUGACAGAGUCUGGAUGCCCAGUAUCUCAUCUCCACCCAACCUCCAUCCUGGCUAACUGACCCCCUCAUACCCCGCAGACAGUUAAAAUCGACGUGAGUCCACUGAAGUCCUCAGUGUGAGAGGGAUGGGGAUGGAAAACCGGCGUUAGCAUGCAGGAAAGCUGCCUACACCGUCCCAUCACACAUUCCCGGGGUCAGACACAGAGUGAAUCUCUCUCCACACCGUCCCAUCACACAUUCCCGGGGUCAGACACAGAGUGAAUCUCUCUCCACACUGUCCCAUCACACACUCCCGGGGUCAGCCACAGAGUGAAUCUCUCUCCACACUGUCCCAUCACACACUCCCGGGGUCAGACACAGAGUGAAUCUCCCUCCACACCGAACCAUCACACACUCCCGGGGUCAGACACAGAGUGAAUCUCUCUCCACACUGUCCCAUCACAGACUCCCGGGGUCAGACACAGAGUGAAUCUCCCUCCACACCGUCCCAUCACACACUCCCGGGGUCAGACACAGAGUGAAUCUCCCUCCUCACCGUCCCAUCACACACUCCCGGGGUCAGACACAGAGUGACUCUCCCUCCGCACUGUCCCAUCACACACUCCCGGGGUCAGACACAGAGUCAAUCUCCCUCCACACGGUCCCAUCACACACUCCCGGGGUCAGACACAGUGAAUCUCCCUCCGCACUGUCCCAUCACACACUCCCAGGUUCAGACACAGAGAGAAGCUCCCUCCAUACUGUCCCAUCACACACUCCCGGGGUCAGACACAGUGAAUCUCCCUCCGCACUGUCCCAUCACACACUCCCAGGUUCAGACACAGAGAGAAGCUCCCUCCAUACUGUCCCAUCCACACUCCUGUGAUCAGACACAGAGUGAAUCUCCCUCCAUACCGACACAUCACCCACUUCUGGUUGAGAAUCACAUUUGACUUCUACCUUUAAGAAGUAGCCCAGGGUGAAAUCGAGGAUGAGGAUAAUUUUGCAAAACCGAGACUGCACCCCUUGCUGUUCUCUCUCACCGUCGGCACUCCUUCCCAUCCUUUCACACAGGCCUCGCUCUCAAUCAAAGGUCACCUUUUCUCAUUCAUUCCCACCAUCCGCAUUCCUAACGGGACAUGCCACUACUCAUUCACUCCCAUCGUCUAAGCACUGUCUGCGCUCCCAAUAGACCCCACCCCUUCCCAUUCAUUGCACCCAUCUGCAUUCGUAACGGGACACAACCCCAUCCAUUCGCUUCCUUCUUCCGAACAUUCCAACUGGACCCCAUGCACUUCAUUUCAAUCUCAUCGCCCGACAUCCCAAUAGACCUCAUCCCUUCCCAUACUCCCAAUGGGACUCAGCCCUUCCCAUUCACUCCCAACGGACCCCAACACUUAUCAUUCACUCCCAAUGGACUCCAACCAUUCCCAUUCACUCCCAAUGGACUCCAACCAUUCCCAUUCAUUCCCAAUGGACCCAGCCCUUCCCAUUCACUCCCAAUGGACACAUCCAUUCCCAUUCACUCCCAAUGGACCCAUCCAUUCCCAUUCACUCCCAAUGGAUCCAUCCAUUCGCAUUCACUCCCAAUGGACCCAACCAUUCCCAUUCACUCCCAAUUGAACCCAUCCAUUCCCAUUCACUCCCAAUGGGACCCAUCCAUUCCCAUUCACUCCCAAUGGAUCCAUCCAUUCGCAUUCACUCCCAAUGGACCCAUCCAUUCCCAUUCACUCCC